GAUGUCGUCAAUCCCCUCGUUAUAUAGAAACCCCUAUUUUUGUAUGUCAAGCUGGAUCAAAAUGCUGUUGGAAUUUGUGACAACCUCUCAUUGCGAAAACAGCCAGGCGUUGUAGCAAUCAUUUAAACUCUUAAUUACCGAGAUCACACCAAUACGAAGCCGAAUUAAAGCCGCGCCAGUUCCCUGACAAGAACGUGGUCAACUUGUCAGCCAGAAUAAUCACAAUGAAGGUCCUCAUCACUGGCGCGACGGGGACGAUAGGCAGUGAGAUUUUUCGACAGUGCCUCGCCCAUCCCUACAUCACCAGCGUCGUGGCAAUAACACGCCGGAGCUUGCCAGAGACUGUAUCUAGUAACCCCAAGCUCACCUCUGUCGUCAUGCAAGACUUCAAGAUGUGGCCAAGAGAGAUGCUCCAGUCCCACACUGACGCGGCCGGCAUGAUCUGGGCGCUUGGUGGCUCAGAAGGUAACGCCACCGUCAAUCUGGAAUUCCCACUAGCCUUUAUGAGGGCGAUGGCGGAGGUUCUCGAGUCCGAGCACCCGGUGGCCGGGGCUAGACUUGGAAAAAUGCCUAGACACAAGUUCCGAUUCAUCUAUUUGAGUGGGGCUUUUGUCGAGAGGGAUCAGAACAAGAAGCUGUUUCUUGAACGAGACCCGCCGAACAAAGACAUUUGUAUUUUUCCUGCGGCGAGAAAGCUCAAGGGCGUGACGGAGACCGAAUCCCUGGCAUUUGCCCAGGAGCACGCGCAGGUAUGGAAGACGCUUAUCGUUCGGCCAGGAGUAGUAUUACCCAAGGAUUCACUCACGACAUCGAUGCUCAGCUGGGUGUUUGGAGAGAACUGGGUUGUUGGCAGGGAGGAGCUUGCUGCAUUCAUGACCGAUGUCUGCGUCAACGGUACGGACGAAAAUGAAAAGACCACGUUCGAGAACGCCGGUAUAUUGUACAAGGGAAGGGCGCUUCUUCAAAGGACAGACAACGGGAUUCUGCUGAGCACCUAGGCAUGACUACGACGUAGGUGGCAGUACCAACACUUACAAACCAAUAUCCACGUCGUCUUAUGUUUUCUUUCCGAGAUUUAUUCUCCGGGGGAAGCCCCGUGUAAAGUAACAAAGUUGUGCAACCGUCACUUCGGAGAUGCCAAUUGGCAAUGCGGACAAUUUGCUGACAGCAAG